GGAGAAAAUGAGGAAGAAGCCCAAAGUCGUGCGUCUUUUUCGCCUUUCGUCAGCUCUCAUGUGUGUUCAGGGCAGUGCACGCGGACAGGAAAUCCAGAAUGGCUUGCAGGAUUAACCUCUGAUCUUGAUAGAACUAGCCAGAAGUUCACAUCAGUUUCCACAGCAUCUCACUGCCUUGGAAACCCAUAAUGUAAAUUUAUCUUAUUUGAUCAAACCUUCAGAUUUGCACCAUGAACCUUAGAGGAUUUACCAGGACGGCUAUUUCCUUAGUUUGGAUUUGAUCCCAGUUUGCCUGGACUACUGCACUGGCCUGUAGCAGUGUCUGUGGCACUGAUGGUACGAGGACCUUACCACUUUGGAACAAAGGGAUAAUAUUCCAAAAACACGAGGCGCCAUGAGAAUAUCCACCUCCUCCUGUCUCUGUCCCUUUUUGGUCUGCCUCUGCUUCAUCCAGAGGGGCUGUGGGGUGAGCCACCACAUCUCUGCCAGAGUGCUCUCCAAGAACCAGACCAAACUGGCCAAUGGGGAGACAGAGGUACACCACAGGCCUAAGCGUGGCUGGAUCUGGAACCAGUUCUUUGUUUUAGAAGAACACAUGGGACCAGAGGCACAGUAUGUGGGAAAGCUUCAUUCAAACUCAGAUAAAGGUGAUGGAUCUGUCAGGUACAUUCUGAGCGGGGAAGGAGCUGGGACUAUAUUUAUCAUCGACGAAGUGACAGGAGAUAUUCAUGCAACUAAGAGCCUGGAUCGAGAAAGAAAAACGCAUUAUGUUCUGCAUGCACAAGCCUUGGACCGCAACACAGAGGAGGCCCUGGAACCAAAGUCAGAAUUCAUCAUCAAAGUGCAAGACAUCAAUGACAAUGCACCCAAAUUUCCAGAUGGUCCCUUUGUAGCUACGGUGCCUGAGAUGUCUGAAGUGGGCACAUCUGUAUUGCAAGUCACGGCGACUGACGCCGACGACCCCACCUACGGAAACAGUGCCAGGAUAGUCUACAGUAUUCUACAAGGACAGCCAUAUUUCUCUGUCGACCCCAAAACAGGAAUCAUCAGGACUGCCUUAGCGAGCAUGGACCGAGAAGCCAGAGAACACUACACUGUUGUGAUCCAAGCCAAAGACAUGGCGGGCCAGGUUGGGGGCCUCUCUGGCUCCACCACCAUCAACAUCACUCUGACAGACAUCAACGACAACCCACCCAAGUUUCCCCAAAAGAAUUACCAGCUCUAUGUUCCUGAGUCAGCUCAAGUAGGGAAACCGGUAGGAAAGAUCAAAGCCGGUGAUGAGGACAUUGGCAUCAAUGCAGACAUCAAGUACAGCAUCAUUAACUCAGAGGGGACCAACACAUUCAACAUAUCCACGGACAGGGACACGCGAGAGGGAGUCAUCAGCCUCAAAAAGCUUCUGAACUAUGAGAGAAAAAAGACGUACACUCUCCACAUUGAAGGGGUCAAUACACACGUGGAUCCUCGUUUUUCUUAUCUUGGUUCUUUCAAAGACACUGCCACCCUUAAAAUCACAGUUGGGGAUGUGGAUGAAGCCCCUGUCUUUUCUAUGGAUUAUUAUAUCAUGGAUGUAUAUGAAAAUGCACCCAGUGGCACAGAGGUGGGCGCUGUAACAGCUCGAGAUCCAGACAGCAGGAACAGUCCUGUCAGGUAUUUUUUGGACAGCAAAGAUGGAGAAGAAAGGUACUUCAGAGUUGAAGAGAGCAGUGGAGUUAUACGGACAAAGCAGCCUCUGGACAGAGAAGACAUGCCUUGGCAUAAUAUCACUGUGAUGGCUUCAGAGGUUGACAACCCCAGCCUCCUCAGCCAUGUUCCUGUUACCAUCCAGGUCCUGGACGUGAAUGACAAUCCACCAGAGAUAGCUACACAGGAUGAGGUCAUUGUGUGUGAGAGCUCAAGGCCAGGACAGGUGAUCCAGACUGUCACUGCAAUGGAUAAGGAUGACUUUGCCAAUGGACAAAGGUUUUCCUUUGCGUUGCCGAGCCAGCUACCAGUUAAUCCUAACUUUACCCUGAAGGACAAUGAAGAUGCCCCAGGAGGAGAAGGAGAAGGAGGAGGAGGAAAGGUUGGGAGGAGGAUGUGGGACAUAGUUUAAAAUCCAACCUGACUACUGUUGACUUUUCCCACAACUGCUGCAUCCUAUUAAAACAGAACCUCCACAUGCACCGAUGUCCUCUGGUGAUCCCUGAGCCUAGACCACCUGCGGCAUACACUUACAGAUAGCUUUAUCUUACUAAUUAGUCAUCUUCAUGUGCCGCCUCAACCCACCUGCGCACACACACAGCCUUCAGUGGUUUUGUUUCACUUUGGUUUUCAUUUAAUUUUAGUCCUAGAAGAUUGUUUCAGUUCUGGUUGAGCUGUACAUUUGGUUAUUAGAAUUUUUUCCCAUAAGUUUUUAAAGCAGCAUCUAGUGAGUUUGCUGCAGCUUGAUCUAUUGAAGUGGCAGUUAAAGAACUUAGCUGUAUGUUGGUUAACCUAGAUUAGGGGACCCCAGUUUGUUUGUGUGGGCUACCUUUAAGUUUUCUUUGUCUACAUUAGGUUUCAGCACAUUUGUUUAAUGAACAGUGAGGAUUUCCUGUCAUAGAAGAAGCAAGCUGGCCCAUCCGGCUGGAUGGCCAUGUCUGGAAAAUGCAAAGAUUCACCAGUUCUUGAUUUCAUGCUAGGUCGCCCAACAUAUUCAUGCCGCCAAUAUCUAGAAGAGCCUGGCAGCUGUAGCUGAGUUUUUCUGCAUAAAAUCAGUUAUUUUUUUUAUAUUUUACAUGCAAAUUGACAACCAUUCAAUAUUUGUCCAACUUUGAUUGUUUAUGUAAUAACAAUGAACGCAGAUUGGAGUGUAAUAUCGUUCUGUUGUACAGGAAUAAAUUGGUUUACAGCUCUGAUGUGGCACCAACAGCUACUGACGCCUUAAUGCACAAUUACAAGGCUUAUGUGUAACAUUUGUUUAUUUAAUUAAAAAGAAUAUUAUUCAUUUCCCUAAAUUAUCAACAUAGAAGAUGGGAAUUUUGCUUGUAUAAUAGGAAAGCUAAUCAAAUAGUCCAGUGAGAGACUGUGACAGUCUUCAGUGGUUUGUUGUGUACGUUAAAAAAAAAAAAACGGCACAAGAGAAGCUGCUCUGCUCUCUUGGCACAAAUCAUGAUGUUUCAGCACAUAAUGGCUGUUUGGGAGUCUAGAAGCAUAACACCCAUUGAAGUGUGAAUGGCAUAAAAGCUAAUUAAACAUCCCACAUGUCAAUGGCUUGACAGGGCUUCUUUCAACACAGCUGAUUAACUGUAAUAUUCUAAGUUCUUCUGCAUGCACACUGGAAGAUGAUGUCUUCAGAAAUCAAUUGAUCUAUUUAAGUGUGUGGGUUAUUUAGAGAUCAUAGCCCCAGUUUAAUUUGCCUUUUUAGAAACAAAUGUCAUCACAAUGUGACAGACAAGAAGAUCAAAGAGGCAUUCAAUUUUCAGCCACUGUAAAGCAGCCAUAGUGAAGCUGAAUAUUUAAAAGGCUUUUAACAGAACAGGUUUGCCACAAAGUGCCUUCCUGGAUCAGCUGAGCAAUAGCAUCCCUCUUUUUUCAGCUUUAAUGGUGCCUAAUAUGCUGUGGGAGUCUGACCUGCAUUUACUGUAGCAUAUCCAGCACUUCAACUGCAUCAACACAUCUGCAUGAUAACUCUGUGUCUACGCAGCCCUGGCUUGCUCUCUGCAGCCGAAAAUGGCAAUUCCACAGCAAAGAAAAGACCUGAAUAAAAGAGUGAAUCUGUGUUUUGUUUGCUGAUCUGAUUUUGUUAAGCAGAGGAGGUGCUGUUAUAGGACCCCAUAAGAAAUAGCUCAAGGCUGGACAAAAGAGGGGAAACCACACGAGUCAUAACUCAAAAUAUGUUUAUUUUACCUAAUUGAAAGGGGGAUUAACACAUAAACCUCAUUCAACAAAACCUGACAUAAUUAAAGCCAAGGGAGAAAAGAAGACUAGCUGACUGCCACCCGUUUAUACAGUGCAGCCAGACCAGGUGAUCCCAAUCUCCCUUGUGAUUGAACACCACCCACCAAGCUCUUGCAGGGAGAGGCCUGACCAAAAGAUGGUGAAAAAAAAGUUCCACCCUAAACCCCAGAGCCAGAAAAACAAUGUUAAUUUACAGUUAAAAUUCAAACUGUGUCUUUGUAGCACAAAUGUUGAAAUGCAUGUUGAAGUCAGUCCCUGACUCCAACCAUACCACAAAUUCCAGCCCAUCAACGGUUAAGAUUCUCAACAAUGAAUAGUGCACAAAUAUUGUGGUCAUGUUAAAAGACAUUUAAAAAUGUCAAGUGCCAGUGUUUCCGUCAAUAUUACUACUGUUACUCUAGCAGUUCUACCUGUGACAGCUAUAAAGCAUCAGUGGUUAACAGAUUUUCAUUUUUGGUGGCUUAAAUUACACACCUUUAAAGAGUGCAUGUCCAGUUUGCUAAAAGAUGAGAACAUUCACUCGAUCAUAUUUACAUUCAUACAAGUUGUCGCUGAUAAUGUAAUCAUUCAUAUGUGUGGGAACAUAUGGUAUGUGUGGAAAUGACUUUAAACUAAGUGCCCAGGUGUCUGUAAUAAUGC